AUGCUGAUGUCCACUUCUAGCAUCGUAUAUGACAUGCCUUCUGACCGUUUCUACCCCCCUCCCCCGCAAAGCCUGAUGCUGGAGGCAAAGAGGGAGGGGUCGACCAUGUACUGCUGCGUGUCAACCGCCAAGUUAUUGUACGCCUCAAAGGAGCUCCUUACCAGCAAUGAUGUGAACGUACUGGGAACAGUCUGCGAACCCUUCUGCACCGUCGAAAGUGCCCCCUUUCUCCAAGAUGACAUGCCCGCCGUUGACCUGCUGCGCUAUUACGUGGGCUUUGUGGGCGAUGUGGGGCCCACGGAGGAGGACAUCCUCUGGCCCAACCAGGUCCUCCACCGCGACCGUAUCCUGUUCAAUGUGCGAAGCGGGGAGGACAUCGCGCGCUUCCUUUCCUCCCCGAACCUAGAGGCGGUGCUCGAGCACGGCGAGAACCUGCGUCGUAUCGCGCUCGAGCGUGGCUACCACAUGGGCUGGUGCUGGCAGAUGCUGCGGCUGAGGUGGGGCGGCGCGACGCUCGCCGACCUGAAGCUGCGCAAGGCCGAUUUUGUAUAG